AAUAGAACAGAACAGUGAUGAAUUCAGCGUUUCGAAACGUUCACUUGACUGCGUCUCGUUUGAUAAACCCUAACCCCUUUUCUUCUUCGAUUCUCCAUUUCCUUCCUCUCUUCUCCGGCGACGCUGCUCCUCGGCGUUCCAAUCCCCUCCGUCAUCGAAUCGUAGUUUCCCCUUUCUACUCCACUUCACCUUCUUCUUCUUCUUCUUCUUCCUUCCACAUUCCUAUGGAGGGAGGAGAUGAUCAGGUGCCUCCUCCACCUGCUUCUCAGUUGCUUGAGAAACAGUUCGAGAGCUUCCGUGUUCAGUUGGAAGAAUCUGCAGCUUUGAGGGAGCAGAUUCGUGCUGUGGUUAUGGAGAUUGAGUCCGCUACGAGGCUAAUCCAAGCUAAUCUUCUUCUCGUUCAUCAGUCUCGACCUAUUCCUGAGGUUAUCGAGAAAUCUAAGGAAAAACUCAAUGAUUUGAAGAAGUUUUACGGCCGGCUUGCUGAGAUUCUUCGGGAGUGUCCUGGACAGUACUAUAGGUACCAUGGAGACUGGAGAAGUGAAACUCAAGCAGUGGUCUCCCAGCUUGCUUUUAUGCACUGGCUUGAAACUGGUUCUCUUCUUGUGCAUACGGAAGCUGAAGAAAAACUUGGGUUGAACAGUCUGGAGUUUGGAUUGGAGACUGAAGAUUAUCUGACUGGAAUCUGUUUCAUGUCAAACGACUUGCCUAGGUACGUGGUUAACCGAGUGACAGCAGGAGACUACGACUGCCCGAGAAAAGUGAUGAAUUUCUUGACGGAUCUUCAUGCAGCUUUCCGUAUGCUGAAUCUCAGGAACGAUUUUCUGCGCAAGAAAUUCGACAGUAUGAAGUAUGACCUAAGAAGAGUGGAAGAAGUUUACUAUGAUGUCAAGAUCCGAGGUUUAAUAUCCGGUGGAGAUCUUCCUGGCGUCCAAGGAACCCAAGGCCAACCUUAACAAGUCUAUCUAUGUUUUUUUAGCUCCAGCAAUGAAAACGGCAAGAAGUGUUGUAGUUUCAAUCCCUGAAAACGACACGUAUUUUUUCUUCUUCUUUUUUUUGUACCUUUUACGUUAACAUCUGAAUUGUGUGGGCCUAUUGAGUAACAAACCAGAAGCCCAUGUUUUAAUCGUUUAGAAUGUUAGUGUAUGUGUGUGAAUCGAAA